AUGUCAUCACUUAAGGCAAACGAGGGUCUUCCGUAUGUAAGUUACAUGGGAGAUGAAAAUGGUCAACGUAGCUAUUACCACGAUUCAAUUGUUUUGACGAAUAAAGGUGUAGAGUUGGAGUAUGAACGUAUCCUUAAAAUCUACACAGCAAUCGACUUCUCCGGAAACGGAUUCGAAGGAGAGAUUCCAAGUUCCAUCGGUCUAUUGAAAGAGCUUCAUGUGCUAAACUUGUCAAAUAAUGCUUUCACCGGUCACAUUCCAUCGUCUAUGGGUAACCUCACAGCUCUCGAGUCACUAGACGUUUCCCGAAACAAGCUCUCAGGAGAAAUUCCACAAGAGUUAGGGAAUCUCACGUUCCUUGCGUACAUGAACUUCUCCCAUAACCAUCUUGAAGAUAUCCACAUUCCAGCAUCGCAACAGGAUGAGACGUCAGAGGCAGAGGAAGACGAAGAAGAAGAAGAAGAGGUGUUUAGUUGGAUUGCAGCUGCUAUAGGAUUUGGACCUGACCUGUAUGCGGCUCCUACUAGACACUUGUGCCGUCCUGAGCAAAGGGAUGCACUUCUCGAGUUCAAGAACGAGUUUAAGAUUCGGAAGCCUUCUUUUGAUGACUGUUAUAUUAAUGGCAGCUAUGUAAGCUCUUAUCCGAAGACGGUGUCAUGGACAAAUAACAGCGACUGUUGUCAUUGGGAGGGUAUCAAGUGUGAUGCCAAGUAUGGGGAAGUGAACGAGCUAGACCUCAGUUGCAGCUGCCUCCAUGGCAGGUUUCACUCGAAUACCAGUCUUUUUAGGCUUCAAAACUUUCGUUCUCUAACCACUCUACACCUUUCACAAAAUCAUUUAUCUGGUCAGAUUCCGUCUAAAAUUGAAAACCUUUCUCAUCUCACCUCUCUCGACCUUUCUUCUAAUCAGUUUUCUGGUCAGAUUCCGUCUUCCCUUGGAAAGCUCUCUCAUCUAAACUCUCUCCGUCUAUCUGGUAAUCAUGUUUCGGGUCAUAUUCCGUCUUCAAUUGGUCACCUUUCGCAUCUCGCCUCUCUCGAUCUUUCUAGAAACAGUUUGGUUGGUGAAAUCCCAUCUUCUUUUGGGAGUUUGAACCAAUUGACCAGAUUAAAAGUUGAUUCCAAUAACCUCAGUGGUAACUUUCCCAUUCUAUUACUAAAUUUGACAAAGCUGUCGUUUCUACUUCUCAGCUCCAAUCAGUUCACAGGAACGCUUCCUUCAAACAUUACUUCACUCUCCAAAUUGAAGGUUUUUUUCGCAUCUCACAACAAUUUUGUUGGAACCUUUCCUUCUUCUCUCUUCACCAUUCCUUCUUUGAUCAAUAUUGAUUUGAGUAAUAACCAACUCAACGGCACUCUUGAUUUUGGGAAUAUAUCUUCACCAUCUCAGCUAAGAUCGUUGACCCUUGACAAUAACAACUUCAUAGGGCCAAUCCCGAUAGCUAUUUCCAAAUUAGUCAAUGUUUGGAUUCUUGACCUUUCCAACAACAAAAUCACAGGUCAAGUGCCUCGCUCGUUAUGGACGCUACCAAAUCUGGAAAUUGCGAAUCUUUCCAACAACACUUUCAUCAGUUUCGAAAGAUCAACGAAACCUUCACCAUCCUCUGUCUUGACGUACUUGCUUGGUUCCAGAAACAAUUUCACGGGAAAGAUUCCUUCUUUCAUAUGCGAGUUGGGCUCUUUAAUUAGUGUUCUCGAUUUAUCAGACAACAACUUCAGUGGUUCAAUCCCUCCUUGUAUGGGAAAUCUCAGAAGUACUCUUUCACAUGUUAACCUCCGCCAGAAUCGUCUUAGUGGUGGUCUUCCGGAGAAUGUCUUUGAAAGUCUAAAAUCGCUUGACGUCGGUCAUAACCAAUUGGCUGGAAAGCUUCCAAGAACUUUGAUCCAUUUCUCUACUCUUCAAGUUUUAAAUGUGGAAAACAACGGAAUCAACGACACGUUUCCGUUCUGGUUGAGUUCUCUACAAAAUCUGCAAAUUCUUGUCUUACGCUCCAACGCAUUCCAUGGAACCAUACAUCAAGCCUCGUUCCGUACGCUGAAAAUCAUCGACAUCUCACAUAAUCACUUCAUCGGAACUUUGCCAACGGAUUAUUUUGUGAACUGGAGUAAUAUGUCAUCACUUGGGGCAAACGAGGAUCUUCCGAAGGAAAGUUACAUGGGAAUUGACUAUUACCGGGAUUCAAUUGUUUUGGUGAUUAAAGGUGUAGAGUUGAAGUAUGAACGUAUCCUAAAUAUCUUCAGAGUAGUCGACUUCUCCGGAAACAGAUUUGAAGGACAGAUUCCAAGGUCCAUCGGUCUAUUGAGAGAGCUUCAUGUGCUCAACUUGUCAAACAAUGCUUUCACUGGCCACAUCCCAUCGUCUAUGGGGAACCUCUCAGCUCUCGAGUCACUUGACGUUUCCCGAAACAAGCUUUCUGGAGAAAUUCCACAAGAGUUAGGGAACCUCUCGUUCCUUGCGUACAUGAACUUCUCUCAUAACCAGCUUAGAGGUCUCGUACCGGGAGGCACUCAAUUUGGAACACAAAACUGCUCAUCUUUUGAGUACAACUCAGGACUUUUUGGCUCUUCUCUUGACGACGACUGUCCAGCAUCGCAACAGGAUGAGACGCCAGAGGCAGAGGAAGAAGAUGAAGACGAAGAAGAAGAGGUGUUUAGUUGGAUUGCAGCUGCUAUAGGAUUUGGACCUGGUAUUGUGCUUGGAUUGACGAUUGGAUACAUAUUGGCUAUUUACAAACCAGAGUGGUUCACGAAUCCUUUUCGUCGAAACAAACACAGAAGCAGAAGCACCACAACUCGUUGA